CUCGGCCCAUCGCCUUCUCCGACCGGGCCCCCAUGAUUUAUUCAGCAGCGGAGCGGGGCACGCAAUCGGGCUGUCACAGCAGAAGCGGCGUCAGCUUAUUAGGCAAGUUCUGCGUGAUUCCAGGAGAGGGUCUAAAGCUAUAAAAAUCCCGCGCCCCGGCUCCGCUUUAGGACCGAAUCUCAUCCCGAGUCUCGCCAGGAGAACCGGCUCCCGGGGAGAGAACGGGAGAGAGGAAGGGAGAACCGCCGGGCACCGCAGAGACCCCCGACACCGCUCCAGGUCUUUUUUUUGGGCCCCGACCAUGAAGAUCCCGCUGCUGGUCUCCACGGGAAUCCUGCUGGUGGCCCUCCUGCCCUGCCAGGAGUGCAGGGCUCUCAGCAAGAACCCGGUGGCCACCACCCACGGGGCUCUGCACCAGCCAGAUUUCUUCCAGCAACCGCCACAGCAGCAGCAGCAGCAAACUCUGCCCGUCCUGCUCCGCAUGGGAGAAGAGUAUUUCCUGCGCCUGGGCAACCUCAACAAGAGACCCCUUGGCCCUUUCUCCACCUCUCCCAACGGCAACGACCACCUACAGCCCGAAGCCUCCGCCAACGACUUUUUGCGGGGGGCGGCGGCGAUGCCGCAGCUGCGCUCGCCGGGGAGCCCCCAGGAAGGGGAUGCCGAGGGUGAGGCCGUGGAGAGGGAGAAGAGAUCCGAGGAGCCCCCCAUUUCCCUGGACCUGACUUUCCACCUCCUGCGAGAAGUCUUGGAGAUGGCCCGAGCCGAGCAGUUGGCCCAGCAAGCCCACAGCAACAGGAAACUGAUGGAGAUAAUCGGGAAGUGAAGCGGCCCCUCCCCGCCUUGCCAAAGAGAUUCCGCCCGUUAGCACAAGGAGAAUUAAUUAACUAACAACCGUCCGAUGUACCAUCCGUGCUGCUCUGAUGCCAUCUCUUUAUUUUUAUAUAGCUUUAAACCUAGAAGGGUGUCCUCCGAACAGCCUCCGUCCCCUCGACUCGCAUGCACAACCGUGUACCAAGUGCAGACACACGAGUGUCCCUUCGUAACCUCCCCUACCUUUAUUUAUUUCUCCAUUUCCCAGUUGUUCUAGUGCCAUCGCUGCGUUAGGGAUGUGGGAGCGUCGGGAGAAAACGGUGCCAAGGAGACAGAUAACUUUUCUGCUGGGGGGCAGGGAGGUGGGAGGGGGAAUCUCUGUAAGCUACUUUAAAUCCACUUUUUGUUUGUUUGUUUGUUUGUUUGUUCGUUCGUUUCCUGUAAAACGUUUUCACAAUAAAACAUCUUUUCAGCGCUCGGUCGAUUUUGUUGUGUAAGAGAAUGUUUAAUAUUUAU